AUCACUCGACUAACUUUAUUAGUUUUUGAUAGACCAAAGAGGAAAAAAGAGCCUUAUUAGAGAAAUAAAGGGAGAUGGAAAGUGCUUAUAUCCGUAGCAAUUUUCUCAUAGGUUUUCUUAUUUUAGUUGCCUUGACCACUUCUUCUAAUUAUUUGGCAUCAGUUUCAGCAGCAAGGCCAGCUGUGGGAGAAACAAAUACGGAGUUUAUAAGAACAUCUUGUAAGUCAACAAGUUAUCCUAACCUUUGUUUCAGCUCAUUAUCAAGCCGUGCAAGUGCUAUUGGAGUUUCCCCACAACUUCUAGCACAUGAAUCCCUCACCGUGAGCCUCGAAACAGCUCAAUCAACAUCUGCUAUGAUGUUGAAGUUGGCACACGGUCAAGGCAUGACGCCAAGAGAGGUCGGCGCCAUGCAUGACUGUGUGGAGGAACUAAGUGACACAGUCGCCGGACUGAGGAAGUCAUUGGGAGAAAUGAAGCAACUGAGGGGCAAAGAUUUUGAUUUGAAAAUAAAUGAUAUUCAAACAUGGGUGAGUGCUGCCUUGACGGACGAGGAUACCUGCACUGAGGGGUUUGAUGGAAAAGUGAUGAAUGGCAAAGUUAAGACAGUUGUGAGGGGAAAGAUUCUUGAGGUUGCACAUUUGACGAGCAAUGCUUUGGCUUUGAUCAACAGUCUUGCUUCCCUUCACGGCUAAAAUAAUCAAAAGGACAAUUAGUUGCAUACUAUUUGCUGUGUUAAUCUUCUGUUAGAAAAAGUGUACUUAAUUCAUGCCUAGUUGAUUGCCGUAAUAGAUAUAACAUCUGUUUUUGAUGAACUUCUUGAAUGAAAAUGUUCCAUGUGUAUUUGUUAAAAAAAGUCACUCCAAUUUAAUGAUGAUACACGGUAAGUACUAU